AUGGUUAUAAUUCUUCAUGUAAAGUCGUAUACCCCCGUUGAUAUUUUCUGUUUGAAAUUUCUAAUUCCAGAUUUUUUUUCCUUUCGCUAUGGAUUGUCUUUUUUCCUGCUAUGCUGUAAUGUUAUAAUGACGGCCCAGCGCAUAUGUCUGAACCUUACAAUAAUAGCCAUGGUAAACAGCACAGAUCCACAUGGUUUGCCCAACACCUCCACUAAGAAGCUCCUGGAUAAUAUAAAGAACCCUGUGUAUAACUGGAGUCCUGAUAUUCAGUGGAUCAUCUUAAGUUCCAUGUUAUAUGGCUCAUUCUUCAUCCAAUUUCCAGUUGGAUACUUUGCUGGAAGAUACUCUACAAAGAAAAUGAUUGGCUCUGCAAUGUGCCUCUGCUCUCUGUUCAGUCUGCUCCUCCCACCAGCAGCUGAAGCUGGAGAAACUUGGGUCAUUGUAUGUCGAGUAGUCCAGGGAAUAUCUCAGGGGAUAGCUUUCACAGUCCAAGGUAUAAUAUGGGUCAAGUGGGCUCCUCCCCUGGAACGAGGCCGACUUAUUUCUAUGAGUGUGUCAGGGAUUUUACUCGGAUCCUUCAUUGUCCGGCUUGUGACUGGAGUCAUCUGUGAUUCUCUGGGCUGGCCCAUGGUCUUUUAUAUUUUUGGUGCCUGUGGCUGUUCUUUAUGUCUUCUCUGGUUUGUUUUGUUUUAUGAUGACCCUAAGGACCACCCAUGUGUAAGCAUCAGUGAGAAGGAAUACAUCACAUCCUCCCUCGUCGAGCAGGUCAACUCAAGUAGACAAUUUCCACCUUUCAAGGCUAUGAUUAUGUCACUUCCAAUCUUAGCUAUUUCUUUGGGUGUUUUCGCUUUUUCCUGUAUAAAUACUGUCAUGUCAGUAUAUGCCCCAACUUUUAUCAACUCCAUGCUUCAUGUGGAUAUAAGAGAGAAUGCAUUGGUGUCUGCCCUUCCCUAUUUGUUUGGUUGGAUUUGUGGUGUCCUAACAGGUCAGAUAUCAGACUUCUUCCUGACACAGAAUAUUCUCAGUGUAAUUACCAUCCGGAAACUCUUCACCACAAUAGGAAUUAUCUUUCCUGCAAUCUUUGGUGUUUUCUUGCCUUACCUGGGUUCCAGCUUAUACAGCAUUGCCAUUUUACUGAUACUUGCUCAUGCAACAAGCAGCUUUUGCUUCAGUGGAAUAUUAAUAAAUGGCUUGGAUAUCGCUCCCAGUUAUUAUGGACUUAUCAAAGCAUGGACACUUGCAAUAGGACUGUUAGGAUCAUCACUUGCUUCCUCUUUAACUGGAUUUAUCCUAAGUCAGGAUCCAGAAUCUGGCUGGUUUAAAGUCUUCUUCCUGGUGCUUGCCAUUUGUGUGCUAGGCCUGAGUUUCUACCUUAAAUUUGCUAAAGCAGAAGUUCAGGACUGGGCUAAAGAAGAACACACACGCCUCUGA